UGCAGUUUUAUUGAGAAACCAGUAAGUUGAUUUCCUUUAUUUUUAAUUUUCAUAAUUGCAGAUGGGCAAACUACAACGUACUGAGCGAUGUCCACCCAGACAACGUUAGGGAGGCAGAACUCAAAAGGAUAGUGUCCAGUCAGCUAAGGAGAGACUUGUGGCCAUCUUCAUCCCCCUUCUGUUUGCAAGCGGGUGACGUCUGCCAUGUCCUUGAUGUGGAUAGGACAAGGGGAGAGACGGUCACUGUGGUGAUGAACGACCCAUUCAAAGGAAUGCUUACAACGGCAGAGCAUACAGGAAGACAAUACCGGUAUGAACACCUUGCAGGAGUGUUAAGUUGUAAAAGGGCAAGGACAGACCAGACACAGGAAGAUCGAACGACAAAGCGAGCCAAAGCGGUGAGGAAAGAAGCUCCCCCACCCGGAAAGAAAGUGCAACAGUCAUCUGCUGAGAAAACAGCUAGUCAAGUAAGAAAGGCAAGUGCACCACAUGCAACCAUCCAACGGCAAACAGCGAUCAGCCAGCGUGCACCACAGGCCAGGCCACAAAAACAGCAGAAGAUAGCAGUUGUAAAAAAGAAGGCUACAAUGCUGGCAACAUGAACAUUUCCGAGUCAUACCCAGCAGCCCCCCGUCUGUCUUCCGUAAAACGUUCAAGAUAUCAAUGACUAUUUGCAACAAGCACAACAGCAGAUCACACACCUACAGGAGAAGUGUCUCAAUGGUACCAGGCCAGCACCUCCAGCUCUCC